AGAGCUCGUGAACAUGCCACCUAAGGAAAGAAAGUCUGCAAAAAAUAAAGGCGGGGGCAAAGCUGAGAGGGAGAAAGUGCAGAGAGAGGCAGAUGAACAAAGACUGAAAGACGAAGAGGAGGCACGCCUAAUUGCUGAGCGUGAGGAGAAUGAAAGGCUGGAGAGAGAGCAAAAAGAGCAAGAAAAACAACAUCGACUUGAGUUAAAGGACAGAGAGCGCAGGGAGGAUGAGCUGAAUGAACUGCGGCUUAUUUUAGAUGAGAAUCAAACAGCGGUCGUCAAGUGGGAAUCUGAGUGUAGGGAGAAAGCUAAGUGGAAUCGUUAUAUGCGUUGUGACGGCAGUCCAGACCCAUCUGUGCAGCAAGAUAUCAAUGCCUUCAUCACUUUGUGGAGAGAGGACUCAGAAACCCAGAUUCAGCAGAUCUUGGAGAGCUGUGCUUUGGCUCUUCAGCUGACAGAUGAACUGGACUUUCUUAUGAAUGAUGGUCCAGAGCCUUGUGUUGCUAUGCAGUAUCGAGAAACAUUGCUGUCACUACAGAGUCUCAUUCACUGGAAACUCAACCUAGCCACUGAGGAACUUCUAAAGCACGCAAAUUCUCAUUCUGACAUUGAGACUGGCAACAUGCAGACUGAAGUCAAAGAUGAAAAUGUCACUCUUUGUCUGUGGGCAAACCUCAACAAAAACCCCAGGUUCAAAGGUUUCUGGUUCCAGGAUUUGGGAUUGGGCUUUGAGCUGCCCAAACCACUGGCUGUAUGUGACAUUGCUGUUCGGAUCCUCCACACACGUUAUGACCACCUGUCCCACCACAGUGAGCGAGCACAGAUCCAGAGAAAGAGAUCCAUGUUGGGAGGUGCUGUCACUCCCCCAUCUGAGAGCCCUGCAGCAGUGCAGGAUGGGAAUAUGGAGGGAGAGGAUGAUGAAACAGAAAUCCCAAAGCAGGUGGAAGAGGAGACUCGUUCGGUCAGAUCAGAGGGCAGGAAGAGCGCAGUAAGUGUGAUCUCACUUGAGGAAAAGAAGAGUUCUUCUAUCAAGCAAUUAGAGGAAGGAGACAGUCAGAUGGAGACCACCAUGGAGAGAGUCAGCUCAGACGUAGAAGCUGAUCAAAAUGGCUCCACCUCAUCACUGUCUAAACCGGUCAUUGACAAUGCUGAUGUGCAUAUAGUGGACCUGCAACAGUACACACCCCUGGGUGGAGUCUUUUACUUUGAUGUGUUCCAUCUACCACCACAGUCUCGCAUAGUGAAGGGCUGGGAAAUGACACAGUUAUUAGAAACAGGUCUCCAGGUAUUCCACUAUCCUACAGAGCAGUCUUGUGUUCAGAGCUCUACCUCAAUAAGGCAUGAUGAAAACGGUGCUGUUGCAUCCUUGCCUGUAGGGGUCUCUGUAGCUCUGCCUGACUCAGUAUUGUUCCUAGAGGAUCCUCAAGUGGCACGCUGGGAUACGAUUGGUCAGCAAUGGAGGACAGACUGCAUGUCUGAGACAACUUAUGACGCAGAGGCCCGCAGACUCUCCUUUCAGAUGAAAGCAUUUUAUGCCUUCACUUUACUGCAGGAGUCCUACGCUAAUAUGCCUUUUCAGUCAUGGGAGCUGAGGCCUCUGGGCCAAGACUUUGCUUUGUUCACCAUCACUGGAGCUCUUACUGAAGUCAGAAUCACCAUCAAGGGUAAGCUGUGUAUGCUCCACAUGGAGGCAGCAAAGGAACUGGAUCAACUACAUGGGAAAUGGAUGAGCCCCCAAAUGCUGCAGAAGGCUAUGAUAAGAGCUGGGAUCAAUGUAUUUGUGAAUGAAUAUUCAGACAAAUAUGUCAGCAUCAACCCAAAGGACCCAUUAAUAGAGCACACAGUGUAUGAACAAAUGGCCCUCAUGUCCUCAGCUGUGGCUUUUUCCUGGAGCCGCUGGAACUCACAGUGUGGCCAAGAACACCUCAUACUUCAGGCAUGUGAACAGCUUGAGAUGGGGCCUGUGGCUGAGGAGGCAUGGUCUCUGUACCUACUGGGUGCGCAGAGGAAUCAGCUUCUGGAGGUGAAAGAGCAUGAUGACAGCUUCUCCCCGGAGUUGGCCGAGGGCACGGAGUUCCACUCCACAUUUGUGCACUUGCUCAGGCAGGACAUGAGCAGCGAGGGCCAAGCCAGAGUGCACCAGUCUCACAGUCUCUACACAGACACCAUACAGAGGCUCCUGUGUGCCACACGUGUGCUCACUUACUCCUGAGC